AUGUCGACCGCCGCGAUAUCGACACCAGUCAAGUCCCACAAGGGACUUUUCUCGUCUCGCACUGCUGGGGGACGUAUGCCACUUACACCAUCUCCCCGCCAGCAAGCUACGACGACCACCAUUCCCGUGAACAUCAACUCCUCCCCAUACACGCCCGAUGGAUCGGGAAAUAAAGAUUGCCGUGCUACCAAAGGCUCAAAGUCCGCCUACGGUGGCAACCUCAUGUCACAUCUCUCUCGUUCCGUCUCCAUGGCUUCCAGCCGUGGAUCACCAAAGUCCAACAUUGCUUUUGGUGCGCAAACGCCUCGCAAGGCUUUUGAGCUCGGUGUCUCUGAUUACACCCUGACGGGAACUGGUGUCCCCAAGACGCCCGCUAGCACAAAAUCCAAGAAGGGUUCCCUCCGUCAAAAGCCUACCAAGACGACCAUCAACUACACCGGCGACCGCUUCAUCCCCAACCGUAGCUCCAGUUCAGCCAUUGCCAACGCCGGCUCCAGCAAGCUCGAUCUCUCCGAGAGGCAACGACCCAAGUCUAGCACCAGCGGCUCAUCUGCCCUAGCCUCUGCGGCGGAUGAUGCUGCCGCUGCUUUUGAGCGACUAGACAUUAACAGCGAGGAGGCCGAUACCUACACAAAGCCUUCCCCGAACACUGUUGCCUACCAAGACUCCCUUGCCGACGCUUGCGGUGUCAAACUCAACACCCGCAUUCUAGAAUUCAAGCCUGCUCCUCCCGAGUCUUCCAAGCCUAUCGAUCUUCGCCAACAAUACAACCGACCUCUCAAGCCCGUUGGUGUCAGCUCGGCUCAGAUUCGCCGGCGCAUUGCUACCGCCCCCGAGCGCGUUCUCGAUGCUCCUGGUCUGAUUGAUGACUACUACCUGAACCUUCUCGACUGGAGCUCCGGCAAUCAAGUCGCCAUUGGCCUUGAGCGCAACGUAUAUGUGUGGUCGGCUGACGAGGGCAACGUUAACUGCUUGCUCGAGACCAGCCCAGAUACAUAUGUCAGCAGCGUCAAAUGGUCCGACGAUGGUGCCUAUGUCGGUGUAGGCCUCGGCACGGGUGAGGUCCAGAUCUGGGACGUCUCUGAAGGGCAAAAGAUCCGCAGCAUGUUUGGCCACGACACCCGUGUCGGCGUCAUGGGCUGGAGCAAGCAUCUUCUGUCCACCGGUGCCCGAAGCGGUCUCGUCUUCAACCACGAUGUGCGCAUUGCUGAGCACAAGACUGCUGAGCUUGUUUCUCACACUUCGGAGGUUUGUGGCCUCGAGUGGCGCUCCGAUGGUGCUCAGCUCGCUACUGGCGGCAACGACAACCUGGUCUCCAUCUGGGAUGCCCGCUCGCUGUCCGUGCCCAAGUUCACCAAGACCAACCACAAGGCUGCCGUCAAGGCACUUGCCUGGUGCCCUUGGAACAUGAACCUUCUUGCUACCGGCGGCGGUUCGUAUGAUCGUCACAUCCACUUUUGGAACUCAACAUCUGGUGCUCGCGUCAACAGCAUCGAUACUGGUUCUCAGGUGACCUCGCUCCGCUGGAGCCCUCACUACCGUGAGAUUGUCAGCUCGUCUGGCUUCCCUGACAACUCGCUGAGUGUCUGGAGUUAUCCUACGCUGGUUCGCAAUGUCGAGAUCCCUGCUCACGAAAGCCGUGUUCUCCACAGCUGCCUGAGCCCCGAUGGCCAGAUGCUCGCUACUGCUGCUGCGGAUGAGAGCCUCAAGUUCUGGAAGAUUUUCGAGAAGAAGGCUGGUUCGUCGGCCGGCAUUGGUGCCUCGGGGUCGUCGAGCAAGGCCGAGAUGGCCAAGUCCAUGACCAUCCGAUAA